AUGAGUGAUGCCACGAAAUCCCCUGGUCGCAAGCGUCGUAGGCUGUUCAAAAGUCUAGAAAUUCCCGAUAAUAAGAUCUAUGAUGGACUGCAUGAGGCUGCCGUGCGACGUGCGCAGUCUACGGCGAGCGACAACAACCGUCAAGAAAUUCGGAGUUUGCGAGCGCGACCUCGAUCUGUCGACUAUUCUGACCCAUAUGCUGACGACAAUGGUAUGGCGGCGGAGUCUGGAAAGCCUGGUGAAAAACUGGUGCUGAAAAUCAAAUACAACGGAGACGGCGAAGUCAUCCAGAUGAAAAAUUCACAAAAGGGUGUUUACGAAGUAGGAGAAGAAGAGCUUGAGCUGCCUUUUCGAGGACUCUUCUCUUUCAAGGACGCAAACACCUACUACACACGGCCGACCAUGGAAUUCAGAGCUCUGUUUGCCAAAAUGAAAACCGAAAGCGAAGGCUCCAGACAUCUGCACGGAGACUUAUCUUUGGUUAGAAAACUCACUAGCGAGGAAAAGCUAGCUCAGCAGGAUUACGAGUUGCAAACUUCAACAGUCUCUAAAUUGCGCUGUGUGCACUUCCGAAACUACGAGAUAGACACAUGGUUCAAGUCGCCGUAUCCGCAACAGUACUCGUCCAACUACGUGUUGCAUCUGUGCGAAUACUGCCUCAAGUAUUUUUCGUCCUCCUUUACGCUGCGACGACACGAAAAAAAAUGUCCCUACUCGCAACGGCCGCCGGGAACAGAAAUCUACCGGGCGUCGCGCUUAGCUAUGUUUGAAAUCGACGGCCGCAAGAACGUGGUGUACUGCCAGAAUUUGUGUUUGUUUGCCAAACUCUUCCUUAACUCGAAGACGCUCUAUUACGACGUUGAGCCGUUCAUGUUUUACGUUUUGUGCGAAAUUGACGAAGAUGGGUAUCAUUUUGUCGGCUAUUUUUCUAAAGAGAAGCUGAACGGAACCAACUACAAUCUGAGCUGCAUUCUAACCCUACCCAUCUAUCAGAGAAGAGGUUACGGAAAUUUUCUUAUAGAUUUUAGUUAUCUUCUAUCUCGCAGAGAGUUCAGGCUUGGCACCCCGGAAAAACCACUCAGCGAUCUGGGACUGUUUAGCUACCGGAACUACUGGAAGAUAUCCGUUGCGAAAGCUCUCAAGUCGCUUGUGGAAGCUGACAAGGCACACCAAGUCUCGGUGGACGAUAUUUGCAACCUCACAGGUAUGAUUCAUAAUGACGUCAUAGUGGGACUCGAGCAACUCAAGGCCCUGGUUAGAGAUCCCGAAACGGAAAAGUACGGUAUAUGGAUAGACAUGGAACUUGUCAACAGGGUUCUCGCCGAGUGGAAUGAAAAGAAUUACGUCCAGAUCAAACAGGAGCGCUUACUUUGGAAACCCGUGAUUUUGGGGCCGUCCGGAGGAAUCAACACUACAUCCACUAUGGUCCUUACUACUGACCGCGAAAACGACGAAAAAACGUCUAUGUCAAACAUCUCGUUAAUCAUCAAUUUCCUGCGCGACGACCUCGAAGAUAAUCGCGAUUUGGAGAUACAGACACUGGAUAAGAUAAAGUCUGAAAAUGCGGAGUUUAAUUUUGACAGGUCUGUGGUCUGCUACCCGGGGAGAACCUUUAGUAAGUCUGAACCCGUGAGUCCCGAACAAACUCCCAAGUCUGAGCCAGUCGACCCAGACCCUUUUGGAAUUGAUGUCGCGCAAAGCUCGUCCGAUGACGAAUUUAUUGAUAAUGCAAGUGACUCAUCUAUCUGA